AUGAAAACUAUUUCUUUUGAACUACUGAAUAAAAAGUUUGACGAUCAAUAUACUUUUGAUCUUCAGGGUUAUUUGUCAUUCCAAGAUUUCACUAUCAAUAUGAAAACGUUAAAUAGAAGUAUUAAACAAACACCAUUACCACGACACCGUCAUCUCUGGGUUAGCAUGUUAUGGUUUUUAUGGUUAGCCAGUGCUUGUAUUUUUUAUAUUGUGUAUAUGCAAGACCUUCCUCUUUGGAUUAUUCUUCUUUUAUCUUUGAUACUUCUUAUUUUUACCUGUGGUUUUAUUUAUAUAUAUCAACGACGCAUUCACAAGUUUGAAACGGUAGCAAUGGAAGCUUGUGAUCAAUUGAAUGAAACCGAAAGAACCAGAGGGAUUAGUUAUCAGCUAUGGAAAAAUGGUGACCCGUGUCCAAGAUAUCAAACUGACCUUUCUUGGUAUUUUAUGUUUGGUGCUCAAUCUAUCUAUGAAAUGGUGAUUCAAUUUGAUGAUCGGUAUAAUCAGCGAUAUUCCAAGGAUUUUGUUAGUGUACCACUCUAUUCAGCCUUACCUGGUAUUACCGUAGAGGAUGAAAAGUCAAAUGAAAUCAAUUCCCCUUUUUUAUCCAGUGAUGAAAAAUCUCAAGUUGCUCUCUCUGUUGUCUAG